AUGGAUUUUAACUUGCAGGAAGCAUACGGUAAUCCGUUCCCAACACAAGCAGACUGGGAGCACUGUGCUGGCUCAAAUCCACAAUUCCGAGGUUAUACAUGCGGUUUGUGGACUACUUUCCAUGCACUCACUGUUCAGGCAUAUAAAAAAGCUCUCAGUGAUCCGAAAUUCGAUCCAACAGCACCACUGGCGGCAAUCAGGAAUUGGGUGGAUUAUUUCUUUGGUUGUAGGCACUGCCGAGGCCAUUUUCUGAAUAUGACAACGCGAACGUUCCGCAUGGAAAGUCAUGUAAGUGAAGCAAUUUUGGCUUUUUGUCAAGCAGGUACCACAGAGCAGAGUUCCGUAGUGAAGUACCCAUUGGCCAGGUAA